AGGAAAUUACUAGCUACUGAUAAGCGGGCUGAACCGCGAGUUGGUGAACGUGUACCGUAUGUUGUGGUAUAUGGAAUGCCCGGCUUGCCAUUGAUACGUUUGGUUCGAAGGCCUAUUGAAUUCUUAAGCGAUCCAAGUUUAAGGUUAAAUGCAGCAUAUUACAUUACGAAACAAAUUCUUCCCCCUCUUAAUAGAAUAUUUUCACUUAUCGGUGUCGAUACAAAUGCAUGGUGA